CUUCCAUAGUUCCUCACCUGCACAGGGAAAGAAAAGUAUUUACUUGAAAGAGGAUCCAGGGAGUUUAGAGCGCCCUCUAUGCUCUGACGUGAGAAAAACGGCUCUGGUCAACUUCCGUUUCACUUUCUAUUGACUGGAAAAGGGCUCAUAUUAUCUUGCUAAAGGAUAACCGAGAAGACACACGGAACAAAAAUAAAUGACUAAGCUGUCCUCUGUUUUCAUUCCCCUCCGAUAAAAUGAGCGGUUUGCUAAAGGAAAUACAAACCUACAAUGCAAACGCAGGGAGGACACUUGAAAGAGCAGAUUUCCGCACAGACUCGGAGAUCCAGUCUCUAACAAGGGAAGACCUGCAUGAGCUUUUUCCCGGAUCUGACAAGCUAAAGUUGAGGAGGAAGAUUUUUGAAAUAAUAAACAAACAGAAGCCAAUUGAGAAGAUCCUGAAAGAGCUUAAAGGUUUCCUCCCAGAUGAUUCUAUAAAGGAUGCUCUAACCAGCAAUGGGGUGUUGGUUGACUACCUCCACCUCAUGAAGGACAUGAAAGCUCAACUGAACAAUGUGCAGAGUUUCCUUGAAGCACACAUUUGUUUAUUGGAGGACAUCAAAGCUCAGCCAGAGCAGAAAUAUGAUACAGGUUCUGCUGCUAAGGCGCUGGCUGGUCCAACAAGUUCAUGUUUUGUACCAAAUGAUACCACUUCACAAAAAUCUCAAGUGCAAGUAAACCAAAGUGUUGGGGUUUCCAGGUCAACAAGCUUUCACUCUUACGGUCGUUCCCAGGUUGCACAAGUGACUGUGAACUACAACAUGGUGAUUAGUGGUCGAACAUUUGAUGCCCAUCAUCAGAUUCUGAGCCAAGUUAAGAGCUCAGCACAGCAGCUGAACUUGGUGGAGAGCCAGAGCAGUGAGGAUUGCCAGAUCGUGUUGGUCUUCUGUCCAAUUGUUUCACGUACAGGAACAGAUGUGGAAGCAGCCAUGAAAAUGGUUACAGGUGCCAAACCUGCCAUUCUGGUCUUGAUGCAUCAUGCUCAUGAACCAAAACAUGUUGCCACAAUGGGAACCUGGGACUACAACCCUAAGAUUGUGCAGCAUUUCAGUGUUUUCUAUCAUGAGAGAGCAAAUGGAUUAAUACGCUGCAAAGAAAAUAAUGAUGCCAUCUCUGGAAUACAGCAGGAAUUAUUAAAACACGGAGUACAUACAGAGACAAGGGAAUAUCCAGCUAGUGAGAAAAAAGGCUCUGGUUUUUUUGACUAUAUUUUUCCAAGAUAAGAACUCAUAGCUUGCAACGGAUGUGCCGAUUGUGACAAUUAUAACAACUAAUAGUCUAAAAUGGUUAGCAAGAAAAAGUGAAAUGAUUCAGAUCUGCCUAUCCGUAUACAUGUUAAUUGUGGGUGGUUAAAGUCAAAUCAUUAACAUUUAUAGUUAAUUCUUACAUACUUUUUGUCUAAAAUAAUAAAAUAAAUUGUUAGACUGCAUUGUGGAGAGAUAAGAAAACCUAAUGUUUGUCUUUACUGUUUUGUCCAAAUGCUUUACAUAGCUGUGGCUUUAAACAGUGAUUGUAAUUCAACAAAUAAACCACAUGUUUCAAAA